AUGUAUGCUACAACCAUCCUAUGCGUGCGAAAAGGAGGCAAGGUUGUAGUGAUCGGGGACGGUCAAGUCACUCAGGGUUCCUACGUUGUCAAGGACAAUGCAAAGAAGGUUCGGACACUGCAGAACGGGAAGAUUUUGACUGGGUUUGCUGGUGCUGCUGUGGAUGCUUUGGCUCUGUUUGACAGGCUUGAAAGCAAGCUGGACCAGUAUCCAGAGCUCAUGCGUGCGUGUGUCGAACUUGCCAAGGAAUGGAGGAGCGACAAGAGUUUGCGUCGAACUCUGAAUGCCGUCAUGGUCGUCGCUGACAAAGAUCUCUCGCUUACGAUAUCGGGUAACGGAGACAUCCUCGAACCGAUGAACGGGGUCAUUGGCAUUGGCAGCGGUGGAAUCUAUGCACAGUGUGCAGCAAUGGCGUUGAUCGACAUAGAGUCGCUCGAUGCCGAGGAGGUAGCGAGGAGGUCGAUGAAGAUUGCGAGCGACACCUGCAUCUACACCAACCACAACUACGUGGUCCAGGUUCUUGACGGCAACAGUGACAAGAAGCCUGUUGAGGAAAAGAAGGACGGGCAGGCAAGCAACCAAGAGAAGGCGAGCCAGACAUAG